UCAGUGUCAUUGUUAUUAAAAAAAUUAAAAAGGAAUAUUAUCGUAUUGAAAUUUAUCACUUGUUUAUGAAAAGAUUAUAAAUUUAUACCUAAUAUUAUCAUUUCAAUAUUUUUCCUUUUUUUCUAUUUUAUACUAUUUGUAUUUUGUUCAAUGCUUGCUAGGAUUGUUAAUGCAUUGCCGUUUGGGCUAUCACAGCAAAUCACGAAGCUUUACUUCCAAGCACUUGUGCGUAACCAACGAGAGGCUCAUAGUUUUGAAGAGUAUCACGAAUAUAACAAUAUGGAUGUUAGAAUACUGCCUGCACUUCAAGACAACUACAUGUAUCUAAUUGUAGACAAGGCAACUAAAGAAGCAGCUGUAGUGGAUCCUGUUGAGCCCAGUACAGUCUUAAAAGCAGUGAAGGAUAAUGGACUAACUCUUACCACUGUGCUGACUACACAUCAUCAUUGGGAUCAUGCUGGAGGUAAUGAAGAUUUAGUUAAGCUACACCCAGGCCUCCAGGUGUAUGGUGGGGAUGAGCGUAUUGGUGCAUUGACAAAGAAGGUAGAACACAACACCAAGUUUAAUUUGGGACAUCUGAAUGUACAAUGCUUGUUCACACCAUGUCAUACUUCAGGUCAUAUUUGUUACUUUGUAACAGCUCCUGAAGAGGGCAAUGAAUCUGCUGUUUUUACAGGAGACACUUUGUUCCUUGGUGGUUGUGGAAGAUUCUUUGAAGGCACUGCAGAACAAAUGUAUAAGGCGCUAAUCACAAUUCUUAGUAGUCUUCCUGAUCAAACUAAGGUUUUCUGUGGUCAUGAGUAUACACUGCAGAACCUAAAAUUUGCCCGACAUGUCGAACCAAAAAAUGAGGACAUACAGAAAAAAAUAUUGUGGUCAGAGGAGCGACGUCAGGAAGGAAAACCCACUGUACCAUCAACUAUAGCUGAGGAAAAGCUGUAUAAUCCAUUUAUGAGAGUAACAACGUCACCAGUGAUGCAGCAUGCCAAAAAAUCAGAUGCUAUAGAAACUAUGAAAGCCAUUCGCUCAGAAAAAGACAAUUUCAAAGCUUAAAACAUAGAUUUUUAUGUGAAACUUGGCAUUUAUUAUUUUGGGCACAAGAUUUUUGUUUAUUGGUUAUAUGUUGUUAUGAAAUAAAAUUAUAUUUGUAA